AUGAACACUUGUUUGGUGCACGUGCUCUGGGGUAUGCGGUGGGAGGGGGCGGACCGCGUGCGCGUGCGCUGUGCAAGGGGCACGGGUAGUGUUGCGGCGUGCGUGGCGGUUGUGCGACGCGGCGCGACUGAGCCGGCGGGCAGCCGCCGCCUCCCCCGCCCCGCCCCCCCCCCCCCGCCCCCCUCACAAAAGCUCUCUAUUUUAGGCAACUCUUUGUACUUAGUAAUGGUCACCUCACGCUGCCCAAACGACAGACACGUCCAUGAGAACAACGUUGCGCCAGUUCCGUCG